AUGAAGAUUAUCUGUGAGGGAGCCCCUGAACUUGAGGAUGUUGCUGUGAACUUCACCCUGGAAGAAUGGGGCUGUUUGAGUCCUUCUCAAAAGAAGCUCUACAGAGAAGUGAUGCUAGAAACCUAUAGCAACCUGUCCUACAUAGAAGAAAAUGAAAAUAUUGAAGUGGACUUCAGCAAUCCGAGAAGAAAUAUGAGACCUGAAGUGUUAGAGAUACUGCAUGAGCAUAAACAACAUAUUCAAUGUGGAGAAUCCUUUCACCAGACUUCAGAGAAUAUUGUAACCAAGGAAACUCUGCUUAGAAUAACACCAUGGCAAAGCAAUAUAUGUAAUGCUUAUGGGAAAACUUUCACUGAUUGCAAGUCUCUUCUAAUCCAUGAAAAGAUACACAAUGUAGUGAAAUCUCACGGAUGGAAACAGUGUGGAAAAGCCUGCCCUCAAUCUGAUACCUUGCACAUUCAUGAAACAUCUCACAAUAGUGAGAAACCCUAUGGAUGUAAACAAUUUGGGAAAGCCUACACUCAUUCCAGUAAUCUUCAUAUUAAUGAGAGAAUUCACAGCGGACAAAAACCUUAUGGAUAUAAACAAUAUGGGAAAGUUUUCACUCAACCUAGUUAUCUUCAAAUUCACGAAAGGACACACACUGGAGAGAAGCCCUAUGGAUGUAAGAAAUGUGGGAAAGUUUUCACAAGAGCCUGUUACCUAAGAAGGCAUUCAAGAACUCACACUGGGGAGAAACCCUAUGGAUGUAAGAAAUGUGGGAAAUUCUUCACCCAUGCAUGUUACCUUCGAUAUCAUGAAAGAAUUCACACUGGCGUAAAACCCUAUGGAUGUAAGCAAUGUGGAAAAGUUUUUACACGAGCCUGUUACCUUAGAAAGCAUUCAAGAACUCACACUGGGGAGAAACCCUAUGAAUGUAAGCAAUGUGGGAAAGCCUACAGUGAUUCCACUAAACUUCGUAUUCAUGAAAGAACUCACAGUGGAGAGAAACCAUAUGGAUGUAAGCAGUGUGGGAAAGCAUUUAAUCAAGGCAGUUACCUUCGUAGACAUAGUAGAACUCACACUGGAGAGAAACCCUAUGAAUGUAAGCAGUGUGGGAAAGGCUUCUCUGAUUCCAGUUACCUUCGUAUUCAUGAAAGAACUCACACUGGAGAGAAACCCUAUGGAUGUCAACAAUGUGGGAAAGUUUUCACUGGAUCCAGUUACCUUCGUAUUCAUGAAAGAACUCACACUGGAGAGAAACCCUAUGGAUGUAAGCAAUGUGGGAAAGCCUUCAAUCAACGUACUCACCUACAAGUGCAUAGAAGAACUCACACAAAAGAAGAAUAUGCAAGAAGUCACAGUGAAUGUGAUAAGAGGCACGUGCAGGUCCCGAAGGCCAGGGAACAUAGGGAGGUCACCUGGACGCAUCAGAAGCGGGAAACGGUGAGAGGCAACUGGACAUCUACAGUGUUGGGUGCGGGGAAUGUUGGAUCCAGGAGCAGCGGUGGUUUUGACUGGGACCUGUCUUUCUGGAGUCUGGUCCCUGAUCACGUGGUCGGGGCCAUCGCUCCGUGGGCGACUGGAGGGUGGCGGUGGACCGGGAGCCUUGGGCUCUGUCCUGUGUCCCUUUGA